AUGGACCAAGACCGUACCGGGGAUGUUCCGCAGGACCCAGAUCUUCACGCCGCCAUCCUGGAAAUAUGUGCAAGUUGUUACAAAAAAGACUUGGUUGAUCUUCUACGCACAAGAUGGGCCGUCUCCCGUCGGGAGGUUACGAAAAUGCAAGACAUAGUGCAGUUGAUGACGCUCGCCAGUGUGGAAGAUCGUGUGUGGUUCAUUUCGGCCAGCCAACAUCUGCCAAGGAAGCAGAGGCGUCGGGUUGGACCCCCGAGCGUUGUCGCCAACUUGGAAGGAGCAUCGACCCCAAGGCUGGCCGACGGAAGUGACCCAGAGCAUGUUUUCGAACAUUUCUCCCAAAGCGAGCUGCAGACGCUCGUCAGCCGAUUCAUGCCCACUGGUCACCACAUCAGGUGGUCCCGAAGUCGCCUUAUCUCAGCCGUGUGUAAGGUACCACAAAACCUGCAACGCCUAAUUUUGAGAGCGGCUGCACGGCUGCGUCCUCAACGCCAGUCUAUGGAUUCCCGAUCCGACACGCCGCCAAUUGAAGUACCGCAUGCGAACCUUCACUCCUCAGAACAUGUCUCGUGGACGGAUACGGCGUAUCUAAAACCACCUUCGGUUGAAGUCAUUAAAUCCUGCACCAAAGCGUUUAUCGAGAGGACCAACAACGACGCAUUGGCCAUGACCGCAUGUACCGUUUGCGCACGAGAAGUGUUUCUCAACGAAUCCCAAGCCGUUAAGGUGGAAGAUAUACCGCACCGACAAAGGCUGAAACCAGCGACACCCCAUGAAGCCCAUCAGCUCACCGACGGCAUACUACUUCAUCCACGAACGUACGACUUAACCGAUGAAGUACGGAUUUGCUUCGAAUGCUUGCGGUGCUUGGAGAAAGAUCGAACCCCGAAAUUGUCCCUCGCAAACAACAUGUGGAUCGGAGAUGUACCUCGCGAGUUGAAAGGCUUGACUCUUCCCGAGCGAAUUCUCAUAGGCUUGUACGUCCCAGUGGCCCACGUCGUCAAGUUAUAUCCGAAGAAAGUCGGCUCUUCGCAGUGGAACAGGGACAUGCUCUACGACGGGCUCAGGGGGAAUGUCUCCUCCUUUCCCUUGGACCAGCGUCUCGUUGCAGAUAUGCUUACGGGUGUGAAGCCUGCACCUCUCGAACUCCUUUCAGCUACGAUUGGAAUAAUGUUCGUCGGUCCCAAGAAUGUACCUGUCGGUUGGUUGCACGGCCGCCUACCCACCAACUUCGUCGUCAGGCGCCAUAAAGUGGCUAAGGCACUGGAAUGGCUCAUCCGCAACAAUCCCUUGUACGGCGGCGUUCAGGUAUCCCAGGAACGACUGGCGGCGUUACCGGAAAACGCAAUCCCCGAUCAGCUGUACGCUAUUACACGUAUUUCGGACGAUACGGAAGGCUUGCACUCUGAAGGCAUGAACUAUGUACCUCAACACGACGACGAUCCAGGGGGCGAUGCACCAGAAGGAGCAGCGGGAGACGAAGCGAUGGACGAAGACCCCAUCAUGGGAGUUGACGAAUGGGAGGACGACGUUGAACUGCAAGAACGGCCGCCUGAAAUCAUCCCGAUUACACCUCUGGGUGUUGUGGACGCCAACGGAGAGAACAUACCAGAGCGAGAACUCUUGGCUCAUGCGCUCGCUAAUUCCGUACGGCAUCCGGGAGGGAAGGACAACUACUUUGUGAAAUACGGCACGGCAUUCGUCAACGAAUACGCACGGAAGGAUCCAGCUACGGGCCAACGAUUUGACGGGGGACCAGAGAAUCCCAGUCACCUGUUGGGAGCAUUCCCAACACUAUUUCCCUAUGGACGAGGGGGAUUUGAAACCAACCGGCCUCAAGACGUAUCGUACGAACAACACAGCGCCUGGGCCCUUCAAUAUUCGGACAAGCGUUUCCGCAAGGACAGUCACUUUGUCUUUCAGAUAUUCGGAGUUCGGCAAAAGCGACAACUAGUCAAGAGGAAACAGCACGUCGACCUCCGUCAAACCCCGCAGACAGCAGGACCGGACUCCAAGCGACGAGCGACGAACAUUGCGGGCGACCCCUACGCAUCAGCCAAAUACUUCCAUUUCAUAGUUCAAGCCGUUCUGGAAACGUUACUCGGUAUAGAAGUCAGCAAGUCUCAUCCUCCACGCCGUAAGGAAGGCAUCUUCGGUAUCGUGCAAGCAUAUGUUGGCACAGUAGAAUCGCAAGGGCGAGGUACACUACACCUCCACAUUCUGAUUUGGCUGAAGGACGCCCCCACGCCAAGCCGACUUCGAGACCUCCUCCAAAGCGAAGACUUCCGGCAACGAGUUAGGGACUACGUGGAUGCAUGUAUAAACGCCGACAUCUCCGGGAAGACCAGCGCCGAGGUCGACGCCAUGCCCGUCGACAGGGAACUGAGCUACUCCCGACCGGUUGAUACCAACCUUCCUCACGAUGAAUGGGCGGAGACAAGACAAGAGAAGGUCAGCCAGCUGGCGCGCGCUCUUCAGUUUCACAAAUGCGGACCUACGCGUUGUUUGAAGAAAAUUCGAGGAGUGUUUCAAUGUAAACGGCGGGCCCCAUGGGUUAGGUCAGAGGAGACGUGGGUGUCCACCACCGGCGAAUACGGUCCCAAGCGCAUCGCCGGUUUCUUAAACAGUUGGAACGACACCCUUAUGGACACCCUCCGGUGCAACCACGACCUGAAACUGUUGCUCGCCAUCGCCGCCAUCGCCAAAAUAGUGUGGUACAUAACCAACUACGCCACCAAGAAGCAACAGCGUUCUACUAACAUGAUGGCAGUUCUCGCGGAUCGCCUGGCCUUCCACAACGAACAAGAAAAACACCGACUCGACGCCGCUAACCGCAACAAGCGUCUGCUGGAGCGUUGUUCAAAUGCUCUAACAAGAGACCGCGAAUUUAGCGCCCCCGAAGUCGUGUCUUACAUCAUGGGUUGGGGAGACCGGUACGAGUCCCACACUUAUGUUCCCAUCUUUUGGGAGCCGGCGGAACGCCUCUUGAAGGCAGCGUUCGCGUCUGCCGCCAAUCCGACCGGUGAAGAGGAAUCAGACCCUGCCAGCAACCGAACACCUUUAUCUUUUUCUACGGGGAAGGUUGAGUUGCAAGAUCAGCUUAACGACUAUCGCUAUCGUGGAGAAGCGCUGGAGCACUACAGCCUUUUUGACUUCAUUCUUGGUACUUACGAAGAAUCGAUUCCGGCUUCACGAGCUCGACAAGCCGCAGAUGAUCUUCAACCAGACGACGGUUCGGAUGACGACAGCGACCCGCCCCACGACAUCGACCUCCCAGAAGAGACGACAGGUGCGAGACCAGGCCGGCCAUGCAAUACGAGAGUUCCAUAUUUGCCAGAUGCUAAGAAGCCCAAGAAGUGGAGAGUCGUCAGAUCCCGCGGGCACGAGACUCUCCCUCGAUUCGUCGGUCGAUGGCCACCUCCAAACGACGAACCAGCCAAACGACCUCUAUACACGGCCUCGAUGUUGUUGUUGUUCCGACCGUGGCGCGAUGUGGACGGCCUCGUUGGUGGUUACGACAGCCUGGAAGAAGCAUUCCAAUCAUUCCUGGCAUCUUGCAGUGAACGCGACAGAACCGUCAUGGAAAACAUCCAAUUCUAUCACAAAUCAGCUCGGGACGCUCGUCAAGAUGCGCUGCAAGCAUUAGGGGAUCAGUCUCAUUUUGCAGAGGGAUGGGGCGAAGGGGACGCGCCACGUUCACAACAGGAACGGGAGCGAGAGCAAGCAGCAUUGCAGGAGUUGUUCGAGGAGGUGACGGAAGACCACAUUGUAGCAGCGGAGAGGUCCCAUCUCCCGGAACGAGAGGUACGGUACGCCGAGAACGCGAUCAAGAUUGCCCGCAACGCCGGCAUCUUACCCAGCAGCGACGAACCACGGGUCAACCUGCCUCGUCUUGAGGAUGCGCCAGAUCGUGCGUCCGACGUUCAAGUGGAGCUUCUUUCGGCAUGGAAGACUAUGUUGGAAACUGCUACAAGGGAUGGGAACUCGGGGGAUGUCGUUGAGCCAAACCCAGUAUCAAAUUCGGACGGAUGGAUUGGGGCCCAUGCACCGACACCAAGGACGACGUCGAUCCAAGGACAAGUAGGAGGGACUGAGAGGGGACAUCUCCUGGCAUUGUUGAACGAAGAGCAACGCCGUGCCCACGACAUAAUCAUCAACCACCUCGUCAACCAUUUGAAUGGAGUUCCACAGCCCCAACUACUGAUGCAGAUUCAAGGGGAAGGGGGCACGGGGAAAUCGCUGCUGAUUGGAGCCAUCACCGAGUCAUUCGAACGACAUCAAGCAACCAGUCUUUUGGCGAAGGCAGCUACGACGGGUAUCGCAUCGAUUCCGAUUCAAGGACAGACUCUGCACUCCUGGGCGUCGUUACCGAUUGGUAUCCCCGAAGGAGAGCGUUGGAUCGUCAAAACCAACCCUGCGCAGGAAGAGGAAAGGAACCAGCGGGUUGGAACCAAGUCCUAUUUGAUUGUGGAUGAAGUGUCCAUGAUGACGAAGGCUCAGCUUCAAGCACUCAACCGUGUCGCCACUUAUGCGAGAGGGAAGAUGGACAACGGAGACCACACGCAACCUUUUGGCGGCAUGAAUGUCAUUCUUUGCGGAGACUUUCACCAGUUCCCGCCGGUCAGUAACACAUCGGGCGCUUUGUAUUGCGAUCGACCCAGCACAGAUAAAGAAGAAGCGAAGCUCGGACGGCAGCUCUUCAAGAUGUUCACAACUGUUGUAAUCUUACACCGGCAAAAUCGCAGCGGCGACCAGAGGUGGAACGAAUUGCUCAGCAGGCUACGUGAAGGGUUAUGCAGUGACGAGGACAUUGACGUUCUACGGGGGCUGCUUGUGGAUUCGGAGCCAUAUGAGCAACGUGUGUGGCAUCAACACGAGUGGUCGGAACCGGUUCUGGUAACCCCUCGUAAUCCUGUACGAGAGGCGUGGAACGCCGAGGCACUGAAUCGCCAUGCUCGGGAUACGAACCGCAUCGUUUUCAUCGCGCCGUCUGACGACUACGACCCGGCGACAGGAAUGCAAGCUACGCCAGCGGUGCAAUUGGCCAUUGCCAGCCACAAGCCUACGAAGGGGAGGACGACAGAUCAAAAGAAGUUGAUCUUGGAGCGCAAACUAGAAUUGGUGGAAGGCACCACGGGUAGCGGAUACAAGUUUUCAAUUAUCCGUCGGCAGUACGCCCUUACGGCAGCGUACGCGUUUACCGAUUACAAGUCUCAAGCGCAGACCAUCGAGAAGGUCAUAGUCGAUUUGGAGAAACCGCCGACGGGACACCUGUCACCCUUCAACGUUUACGUUGCGUUGUCGCGAAGUCGAGGGCGGCAACACAUUCGUAUGCUGCGUGGGUUUGACGAGUCCCUUGUAACGGUGCAUCCUUCGGAGGAUUUACGGAUCGAGAUGCAACGUCUUCGUGCCCUGGACCAAUACACUGCGCAAUGGUGGGCGAGCCGGUCGAACGAGUAG